UAAAUUCUGUUGCCCGAAUGGUGUCGCGUUCGAUUUGAUAUCGCGUUAUCUAUGUAGUUGGAUAUAUACGGAUGAACCAAACGAUCGUAAGGUUAGAUACUCAAAUCGCGAAACGGUACCUUUAAUAAAGAAAUUUUCAAUUCAGCAUGUGAAUCGUGAUUUAACGAUGCUUUGCGUAAAAUAUGCCAAGAAAACUAGUGCUACGAUUCUGUUUAAUGUAUUUUCAAAGAGUUGGUACUCUCGACGUAACGAUAAAAGCACCGAUUCGUACAAAAUUGUCCAGGCAAAUAGUGAAAACUUAAAUGAUGUGGAUGGUACUGUACUUGGAAUAAAUUCCAAUUGGGAGCUUUUAACACCAAGGGGAUUCAGAUUUUAUUUACCAGGAAGCAUCGGUCCCGGCUGGUCGGAUGUAACCACGACCAUUCAGGUCAAGACACAAUUAGUCGACCUGCAUACCAACAAACAGAUCUUGGUAGAUGAUCCCAAAGAAAAAUCUGCUCGCUUAUUGAAUCGUUCGAGAAGGAACAAUCAGCAUUCAGAGCUUCGCUAUGUAGCACAGGAAUGCCCUUUGUUGCUAAGAAAAGGUAUAGAGGAGCUAUUUCCUGGAUGUUUAGAUGUUGGUUCUCCCCAGCUUACCAUCGUUACUGUCAGCCAAUCGAUUAACCGGAAAGUUAUGAAAUGGAACAAAGAAAUAGAAACUGAGAAGCUAGCUAAAUACUUUGUGCUAGCUGCUUCAGAUAUUUGUGCAAAAUUGAGAAGAAUGGGUUAUUGGGCAGACUUCAUCAAUCCAUUUAGUGGACAACCACAUUUGAAUCUACAAAAAAAUAGUACUCUUUACAAAACGGACGAGCGAUUUCGUUGCUUAGGAUUUAAAAUAUUACAUAGGAACAAUUGUAAGGUCAUUUUGUACGAUAAUAACGCGAAAAAUUUUUUGGGAAAUUUCUACACCACAGCUCCUGCGAGUACAGAACUUUUAAGAGAGAUUCUACACGAGUGCGAGCUUGUAAAUGUUAACGAAGCUUAAUAAAUGUAGAGCGAGAGGAAAAGGAGAAGAUAGAGUGUCGAUAUAUAUAUACCAAAUACAGUUUUUAGGAGUGUUA